AUGCGAAGUCGAUUUGAAGUGCGAGUCUUGCUCAGGGUCGGUGCCAUGCCAGGCGGCCAAGUGCUGCCGGCGUGGUUGAGCUACGUCAAGAUCGGCUCAUCGUCUGCUCUGGCCCAAUUGCCGCUGACAUACGACGGCGCAAGCAUUCCUCUCGCCUUUCCCUACACCACGCCCUCUGACGGACCCACAGUCAUCAGCAUACUAGACUCAGGUACACUGGCAACCCUAGAUAAUCACGGACGUGUUGUACGAGCUACACUGUCAGCGAAUGAUGAUUCCUCGCCUACAGCAUCAGCGACGCCGCCCGUCAGUAUGGCGACUGCGCAGACGGGCAUGAAUGCGGCCAUGGCAAUGACCACAGCAGCGCCUGCUGUUGCAAGUCAAAGCACCGGAACCCCUGCUUCGCCUGAUCAAAGUGCUGGGGACGACGGCACAGACACAGAUCCGAAUGCAGGAAUGGAUGCUUCAGCAGCUGAUAAUGACGAUGCUCCAUCAACGGAUACUGGCAGCGGCGACGACUCGGCGAAUGCAGACACAGGCGCUCGUGCAGCAUCUGUGGAUGUGCAAGCGAGCACGACGAGCGCGGUAGCUGCUGCCCAGACAAGCGCUGCGGAUGCAGCAGCAGUAGCUCAAGGGAGUGCAGCAGCCGCAACAGAUGACGGCUCCACAGAUACUCCGCCCGCUGUCGACGAUGGGACAGGCACACCAUCAGAUCAGCCGGCGGUCAUCACAGUCGCGGCGCAAUCUGCUGUCGAAUCGCAGGCUGCACAGGCUGCGCCUUCAGCGGCUGGCCAGGCAACGUCCACAAUUGCAGCGACUUCAGUACCGGCUGCAGCGGCCAGUCAAGGUUCGAGCGUCUCGAUCACUUCUCAGCUACAGUCAGUGGGUGUCCCGGCGGUGAUUGUAACAAGCAGCGGAGGAGCUGCAGCGACUGUAACGGCAUCUAGUACAGAUAAUCCAAUACGGCAGUCUGCAGCUUCCGUCCUAUCUGGAAUCCUCUCUUCAAUCUCGGCACAGUCGAGCGCAUCCAGAGCAGCGAGCUCAGCAAGCCUCGCCGCUCGUACGUCUUUGAUCAGCUCUUCGUCGAGUUCAGCGCGCGCUUCUGGCCAAGGAGCGAGACUAUCUACGGGCGGCAUAGCAGGCGUAUCCGUUUCGGCUUCACUCGCACUUGUCGCCUUGUGCCUCUCACUUCUCAUCUGCGCGCUGCGAAGGAAAAAACGAUCUAAGCGACAACAGCGACUGAGGCAGAGUCGCGUGUAUUCUGAUUGGUACGAUCGAUACGAAGCACACAGACAAAAGACUAGCUCUGGUCCUCCUGCGAAUCCUUGGCAAGAGCGCGAGAUGGCUAUCGCGUAUAGCAACCCCGAAGAUAGACUUGUGCAGCCACCGCCAAGGAGGAGCUCGCUUGACAAUAUGUGGCCCGAAUCCGAGCUCAUCUACACGCCUAGACAUUCACCUGCCCCGUCACCAUUCGGAUCGCCUCUGUUAGGCGCAGGCAGGAUCGCAGAUAGAUCAGAAGAAGACAGAAGGCCAUCUUCGCUACCGUACGCGGCACCGAGACGUCCGAUAGCUGGCAAGAGGCCUGUGAGCACGAUCUACGAAGGCGACACGCCCAUCGCAAGUCCAGAUCCGAUAGGCGAUAUUGCGACCUCAGACACAUCGUCAGGCUCGAGCGAAUAUGAUGACCAGCGAUCGGACAUCAUCACACCGGAGCGAGCAAAGUCAUUGUUCGCUGCUCUGGGCUUAGACGCUAUCUUCCCUUCCAGAUCUAAUUCGCGUGCACCAUCACGUUCUGGCAGCAACGAGCGACCUAGACGCUCGCCUGAUCACGAUCAAGAUCAAGCUGCUUCGACCGCUCUUCUUCCGGCUCGACUGCCAGGACAAGGACUAGCGCGUCGGACCGUGUCAAACGAAAACCGCCUGCAAGUGCCAUCAGCACAGGGUGGACGUACUUUCUCGGAAGGCUCAUCAUGGCAUCGAGGCAUAUCACACUUUCCCGAAGAUCACAGACAAAACUUCAUCUGA